CUUGGCCUUUCAGACCGGGCGACCCUCGGAUCGCUGCAGACGGAGGAGUGGGGACAGUUCAUGCACAUCUGCGACGUGAUCAACGCCACGGAGGAGGGGCCUAAAGAUGCAGUUAAAGCACUAAAGAAAAAGCUUUCUAAAAACUGCAACCAUAAGGAGAUCAGGCUCACCCUGUCUCUGCUCGACAUGUGUAUAGAGAACUGCGGCCCAAGAUUCCAGUCUCUAGUUGUGAAGAAAGAUUUCUGUAAAGACAAGCUGGUGAAACUACUGAAUCCAAGGUACAAUCUGCCGAUGGACAUGCAGGAGAAAAUCCUGACCUUUAUCAUGACGUGGGCCCGAGGUUUCCAAGGAAUGGUGGAUGUGAGCGAAGUAAAAGAAGUUUAUCUGGAAUUGCUGAAGAAAGGAGUGGAGUUUCCAUCUUCUGACACCAGCAGAGGGGGACCAAAGGCUUCAUCUCAGCCUUCUACGAAGUCAUCACCAUCUUCUGCUAAUCCUGCAAAACGUUCUUUAUUGCCUCUUCCCACAGGCCCAGCAUUAUUGUUGACUCCUGAGCAGAUUGGGAAACUGUACAGUGAACUGGAUAUGGCAAAAAUGAAUGUGAGAGUCAUGUCAUCGAUAUUAAAAGAAAAUGUUCCUGGCUCUGAAAAUCCGGAUGAUAUGAAUCUUUUACAGAAACUGUAUAAGACCUGUCGGAUGAUGCAGGAGAGGAUCAUGGAAUUGUUGGUGACAGUGGAGAAUGAAGAUGUGAUAGUUGAGUUAAUACAAGUAAAUGAAGACCUGAAUAAUGUCCUCCUGGGACAUGAAAGGUUCUCUCGCAACAGAGUUCGUUUUGUGGAGAACCAAAGAAUACAGCGUGAACGCACAGAGCUGUACAGGAAACAGCCAUCUGCUCCCUCAAGUGAUCUACUUGACCUCUCGGUAGAUUCUCCAUCUCCUGUGUCUGCAGUGGUGCAGACUGACUCUGCAGUGUCUCCUGCAGGCCUUAAUUGCAUACCCGCACACCCUGAAGAUAAAAACAGGCACCAUCCAUCAAUUUAUCCACAGCUAGAUUUAGCAGUUACUACAAAACCUCAUCAGUUCCCAUUUGCAACUGAAGCACAAAACAAUAGUGUGAGCAACCCAGCUGGACAUUCGUAUAGCAAUCUGGCGACUCUGUUAAGCCCAGUGCCUCUGAAUCCAGUAAAUCUGCAGGCUGGACACACUGCAUCGUUAAAUGGGCCAUCACCAGCAGCUGCAUCAAAGAACAAGUCACAGUCACCUCAUUACUAUGAGAUAAUGGAAUUUGAUCCCUUGGCUCCCACUGAAGCUAUUUAUGAAGAAAUUGAUGUUGUGUUGAAGACAGAAGCUAAAAAGAACACAGACUGCUGA